GGGCAGAUAUCAGUGUCGAUGGCAUUCAUUCCCAGCUAUUCUUAGGAGUCUCUCAGGAGCUCCACACAGCCUAGCCAGGCAGCAAGGGACGGAGCAGAGGCUGCCGCUAUCAGCAUCAGCAUGUCUUACAGCGUGACCCUGACCGGGCCCGGGCCCUGGGGCUUCCGUCUCCAGGGGGGCAAGGACUUCAACAUGCCGCUCACUAUCUCCCGGAUCACGCCAGGCAGCAAGGCUGCCCAGUCCCAGCUCAGCCAGGGCGACCUUGUGGUGGCCAUUGACGGUGUCAACACAGACACGAUGACCCAUCUGGAAGCCCAGAACAAGAUCAAGUCUGCCAGCUACAACCUGAGUCUCACGCUGCAGAAGUCGAAGCGCCCCAUCCCCAUCUCCACAACAGCGCCCCCAGUCCAGUCGCCUCUGCCGGUGAUCCCCCACCAGAAGGACCCUGCUCAGGACACGAACGGCAGCCUGGCGGCGCUCAGCCCCAACCCAGAGGCGAGGGCCAGCCUGGGCACCCCGGGCACCCCGGAGCUCAGGCAGACCUUUAGCUCCUCCUUCUCCCAGACCUCCGUCUUCUCCUCACACACAGAGGCCUCUGACCCCGGCCCUCCGUGGGGUAGCCCUCCGGCCAAGGCCAGCCUGGAGGGAGCCCCGGACUCACCCAGCCCGAAAGUCCUGCAGGGCUCGAGCCAGCCAAGGCAGUAUAACAACCCCAUUGGCCUGUACUCAGCAGAGACCCUGAGGGAGAUGGCUCAGAUGUAUCAGAUGAGCCUCCGAGGGAAGGCCUCAGGUGCUGGACUCCCAGGAGGGAGCCUUCCUAUUAAAGACCUGGCAGUGGACAGCGCCUCUCCUGUGUACCAGGCUGUGAUUAAGAACCAGAACAAGCCGGAAGAUGAGGCCGACGAGUGGGCCCGCCGCUCCUCCAACCUGCAGUCUCGCUCCUUCCGCAUCCUGGCCCAGAUGACAGGGACGGAGUACAUGCAAGAUCCUGAUGAAGAAGCUUUGCGAAGGUCAAGCACCCCUAUUGAGCAUGCUCCAGUGUGCACCAGCCAGGCCACCACCCCACUGCUGCCCGCUUCUGCCCAGCUGCCUGCUGCUGCCCCUCCCAGUGCGGCCUCGCCACCCUUGACUGCAGCCACUGCCCAUGCUGCCACCGCCUCUGCUGUAGCCCCUGCCUCAAGCCCUGCGGACAGUCCAAGGCCCCAGGCCUCUGCCUACAGUCCUGCCAAGGCGACCUCUCCGGCACCUGCCACUCAUACAUACAGUGAGGCCCCAGCUGCCCCUGCGCCCAAGCCCCGAGUUGUCACCACCGCCAGCAUCCGGCCUUCUGUCUACCAGCCAGUGCCUGCAUCUACCUACAGCCCAUCCCCAGGGGCCAAUUACAGUCCAGCUCCCUACACCCCCUCACCUACCCCUGCCUACACCCCCUCGCCGGCCCCUACCUACUCCCCUUCCCCAGCACCAACCUAUACCCCCUCGACAGCCCCAAGCUAUAACCCCGCGCCCUCAAUGACCUAUAGCGGGGGCCCUGCAGAGUCUGCCAGCCGCCCCCCGUGGGUGACAGAUGACAGCUUCUCUCAGAAGUUUGCCCCUGGUAAGAGUACCACCUCCAUCAGCAAGCAGACCCUGCCCCGAGGGGCCCCUGCCUACACCCCACCAGGGCCCCAGGUGCCUCCCCUGGCCAGGGGCAUCGUUCAGCGGGCUGAGCGCUUCCCAGCCAGCAGCCGGACUCCACUCUGUGGCCACUGUAACAACGUCAUCAGGGGCCCCUUUCUGGUAGCCAUGGGCCGUUCCUGGCACCCAGAAGAGUUCAACUGUGCCUACUGCAAGACCUCCCUGGCGGACGUGUGCUUCGUGGAGGAGCAGGGCAACGUUUACUGCGAGCGCUGUUACGAGCAGUUCUUCGCCCCAGUCUGUGCCAAGUGCAACACCAAAAUCAUGGGCGAAGUGAUGCAUGCCCUGAGACAGACAUGGCACACCACCUGCUUCGUCUGCGCCGCCUGCAAAAAGCCCUUCGGGAACAGCCUCUUCCACAUGGAAGACGGGGAGCCCUACUGCGAGAAAGACUACGUCAAUCUGUUCAGCACCAAGUGUCACGGCUGCGAUUUCCCUGUGGAGGCUGGUGACAAGUUUAUUGAAGCCCUGGGCCACACCUGGCAUGACACCUGCUUCAUCUGCGCGGUGUGCCAUGUGAAUCUGGAGGGGCAGCCAUUCUACUCCAAGAAGGACAAGCCCCUGUGCAAGAAGCACGCACACGCCAUCAACGUGUAGAGAGCCCAGAGCGUCUGAGGCGGACAGGCCGGGAGCUGCUCCUGCUGCUGGCGACAAAGGAUUCAAGGAGGCUGAUGUUUCUUUUUGGGGGUAAAGGGGGAAGACAGGAAGCUACUGAGCCCUUUUAAAGUGUAA